AUGUCUUCCUCGUACGAUUACCAAAAAAAAUACAUCUGCCCGAGAUUACUCGAUUACGUACUAAUUGUUGGGACCAGACAUCCUAAUCGGAAUAAUUCCGUAGCUCAAACUCCGGAACUUCUACGUAGGUAUCCCAGAGAGGACCACACGGAUUUCCCAUUGGCUCCGGAUGUUGUAUUUUUCUGCCAACCCGAGGGCUGCUUCAGCGUGGGGCCCAAACGAUUAACUUUGAGGGAAUGUACUUGUUUUGUGUUUACACUAACUGACAAAGAUUCUGGCAAAACUCGGUAUGGCAUAUGUAUGAAUUUCUUUCGACCGUUUGAUAGGAGGUAUGAAAGGAAUAAGUUGGAUAGAAGCCCCAUUGCAAAGAGCAGCGUUGAUAAUUACAGCAGCAAAAGCAAUGUAGACUACACAUUUUUGAAUCAGCAAAAAAGUUUGACGUCGACAACUAAAUAUUCACCCCAUCAUCACAGAGAGAAAGUUGGGAGAAUCAAAAAUAACACACUAACAUCUUUCUGCAUUCUCAGCCAUCAUCCAUUCUUCUCAACUUUCAGAGAAUGCCUGUUCACUUUGAAAAAAAUUAUUGAUUCUUGUACAGAUCGAUCGAGUUCUCAUAAAAUUGGUGCUUCCAGAAAUUGUGGCAGAGAUUCAGUUUGGGGUGUGUUGACGGGCCUGAUAACUGACAACUGCCCAAAUUUGGUCAUGCAUGAAGUUCGAGAAAUUGAAACAUGGAUACUAAGACUGUUGAGUGCUCCCGUCCCAGUGCCUAGCAAGACCAGAGUCGAGGUGAAAAUUCUUCCAUUGAGACACCACAACCCUCUUGUCUUUGCAAUGCCAGAUCACACGAGAUUUUCUUUGGUUGACUUCCCACUUCAUCUUCCAUUGGAACUUCUAGGCGUUGAUACAUGCCUCAAAAUAAUACUACAAAGUCGUGACUACAAUGCGUUAACCAUGAGUGUGAUGGCAUUCGUAUCAAUGCUAUACCCCCUGGAGUACAUGUUCCCCGUUAUUCCUCUGUUACCUACGUGCAUGAGCAACGCUGAACAGUUACUUUUAGUACCGACGCCUUAUAUAAUUGGCGUCCCAACGACAUUCCUGAUGUAUAAGAAGAACUUUUUACUUCCUGAUGAUAUAUGGCUCGUUGAUCUCGAUUCUAACAAGAUAUCACCGCCAGCCCAGUCUGAGGAGAUUCCCGCUCUGCCUGAACCAGAGGGUAGCAUACUGAAGAAUCAUUUGAAACAGGCUCUUGCAAGCAUGAGUGUCAGUCCGGAACCAAUUAAAGACAUGAGUAAGCUGCCUGCAGCCGCUGUGGCAGCAGUUGCAGCAACUUCAACAUCGUCGCCUCUCAGUUUUUUCUCAUCAGACGCACCAAGCAGCAGCCUCAACUUCAACAGCAAUGUCGGUGGCAACGGAUUCAAUCCUCUCAUCUAUGGCAAUGAUGUUGACUCGGUCGAUGUGGCCACAAGAGUAGCUAUGGUUCGAUUCUUCAAUUCUCCAAACAUCCUGGGAAACUUCGCAGAGCACACGCGGACCCUCCGUCUCUACCCACGGCCCGUCGUCGCCUUUCAGUUGAAUAGCUUUCUAAGAUCUCGACCUGUCAAGACCAAGUUUACUCUGAGACUUGCUAAGACCCAGGCAGUGGAAUAUUUCGUCGAGUGGGCUCUGAGUCCGACGAACGCAGUCUUCCUACGUAUACAGACAGGAAUUUUCGACCCUUUACUGAUCGGUGACAAGUCGAAAUGGUUUAGCUCAUCCCUGCAAAAGGUCGAGUUUUCAGUUUACGACGAUGUAAGCUCUUUGGGCUCGGCCAUCGAGCAGAUGCAGGCGAAGACACUCAACGAUAGCAACCCUACCGACGAGAGUGGUAGCGACACAGACGGCGCGGAAAAUCGCCUGCAGGUCCCAGACGACCCUAAAUACGGCGGCCACUCCACUAAAACUAGCGGCGGUGGCCAUGGUCGCAACUACCACAACUACAAUGACGACGACGACGACGACGAUUACGACUAUGAUAGCUCUGAUAUAUCGCAAAAUGAAUCUCUCAACGAAACUGAUGAUAUCAAUAAUGAUGAGGACGGUGAUGCGAAGUCGUCGAGAGUCACCGAGGAGAAAAACAACGCGCUCAAUAUGACAUACGCUCAACAAAAUGAUGGAAACAAAACAGUGGCAACGGCCGUAACGACAACGGCCACAACGAAACAACAAAUUGCUGGAAAAGUUCCGCCGAAAAGACCACCACCACCAAAUCCGACGGCUUUGAGUCGGCCUCUUGAAAUACACCACCGCCAGAUGUCCUCCCUACCGCAGACGGCCACCACAAGCAGCCAAUCAACGGCUACCACGUCAACGAGCAAAACCAUGAAGCCGAAGCAAAGGUCGCUACCACAACAGCAGCAGAAGCAGCGGUCUUUGACGCAACAGUCGCAAGAUGACAACCUGCCAAAUAUAGCUGAAUCUAUUGCUUCUACUCUAGCCGAUACGGAUCAUUCGGUCAGUCCAGUUCCUUCAAACAAAACCACAAAACCAUUCGCACCAUUGGGCAACCGCAAAGCCCUAAUCGAGAAAUCAGCAUUGAUGAAGCAAAGCAACAUCAGCAGCAGCAACAACAACAGUGGCGGUGGUAGCAUCUUCAGUGGCAACAACAACAACAACAGCAACGUCAUUAACAACAACAUCAACAAUUUGAGACGAAGCAACAAUCGAGAGUUAGUCAGGCAGCAGUCUAUAUCCGAUCAGAAGAACUCGCAACAUAAUGAGAACCAGCAAUUUUUGAAAGAAAUCUCUGGCCUGGUCCUGGAGGGUAGGGGGGUGGGGUGGCUGAAGAUGGGGCGUGUGAAGAAGCUGAUGGAGGAUGAGAAUUACAGGAACUUUGUCGUCAGCAGGUUGAAUACCAGUCUGGAAAGAAAGCUCUCCGAUGAGAACCAGCAUCUCGAUGAUGUGUGCAUAACAAGACAAGUUUUUAAAGGAAUGCUUACAAUGAUGAAAGCUAUAAUAUCCGGCCUGGAAGUUACAUUUAAUAGCCAGGGAACCGGUGGUAUGGCUUCGGCACUGAUGGUUCUGGAGAUCAUACACACACAUUAUUGGGAGAAGGAAGGGAGUAGUAAGAGUGACACAAGCAUCCAAUCUUUGGUAAGCACACCCUUUGGUAGUAACGAAGCCCUCUCGGUGGCGUCAGACGCUCGUACUGACGCCAAGAACGUCGAAGACGCCGCUUCAUUCACCACUAGAGGCUCGCCUGUCAUCGUGAAUGGUGAAGAAUUCGAAAAUAUCGAAAUACAGCAGCAGCAACAACAACAACAACAACAUCAACAACAACAACAUAAUCAAAAGUUACUAUCUAUGCACGUGAGAUCAGAUCUGGACAACAACAACAACAACAACACGCCCGAUAAACCUCCAUUAUCGUCCGCAACCAUGCACCCCAGUAUAAAUACCGCUAUAACUGGCGACAAGCAGAGAGAUAGCUCCGGGUACGUCAGUGAGAGUGGCGAUAUGUUGAGGGAGUUAGUGAAGAACAAAGAAAUGCUAGAGGUUGCAAAGAACAAACAGCUCGGAAAGACUGCCUCCUUUGAAUCUGAUAUAUCGGAUUUCAGUUCAAAUGGAAGGAGAGAUCUCCAAUAUGGGACCAGGUACAAAUCCCUCAACGAAUCUGAGCGGAAACGCCUGGAGUACGACGAGGACCACCUGCUGGGCUGCAUGCUCUACAACAUGAUCUCCUUCAUGGUCAUGAUGCUGGUCAAUAAAAACGAAGUCAAGCGCAAGUGCAGACGACUUCUUGGCAAGUGCCACAUCGGGCUGUCUUGUAGGUUUGUCUGGCUGUCUGUCAGUUUGGUUCCUUGUCUAGCCAGCUGUCUGGAAAUAAAUAAUAAUAAUGUUUUUUUUUCACAGAAUGGGAACGAUAUUGACCUGAAGCCCUUAGGGAGUCGCUUGAUACAGAAGCAAUCAUUCACAGUUCAUUGGGGCUCUGAUAAUACGGGGGACAUGCUCUUCAUGGAGGUCUGCGAUGAUUGUCUGAUUCUGCGUAGCGUGAACGGCAUCAUAUGCGACAGAUGGUGGUAUGAAAAGCUAGUCAAUAUGACUUACUGCCCUAAAACUAAAGUCUUCUGCCUAUGGAGGAAGCACGAUGGAAAGUCUCAGCUGAAUAAAUUCUACACUAAGAAGUGCAAAGAAUUAUACAACUGCGUGAAAUCAAGCAUGGAGAAAGCAGCUUCAAAAGCCAAUGGCAAAGUUCCAGGUUUAGAGUUAGGUAGUGAGUUUCCUAUACAGGACUUGAAGUCUGGUCAGGGUGGUCUGCUGCAAGUCUGUAUGGAAGGCAUUGGGCUGCUGUUUGCCAACAGCAAGUUAUUUAUUGAACUCCGACGCAUCAAAAAGUGCUCGGCUGCUAGAGACGGAAUAUUUGUACUUGAGGAAUAUGGUGAGACAUCGCAGAUCUGUUACGCCAUCCUCUGCGUGUUCUCAUACGUUGCGGCGGGCAUGGGCCAAAACAACAACAAUAAUAAUAACAACAAUAAUAAUAAUAACAACAAUAAUAAUAAUAACAAUAAUAAUAAUGUGAUUAUCAUUAACGAUAAUAAUAAUAAUAAGAAUAAUAACAUUGGCGCUAAAAGCCACGCUACAACUGAGAACGAUGAAAACAACAACAUUAGCAGCAACAACAACAACAUCAACAACGCCAACAACAACUUUAGCAACAUCAACAACAACACAGAUAAUAGACCAUUAACUACCAUACCCAUAUUUAAGCCUAGAGCUAUAUAG